AUGGCCGAGGUUCACGAAAUCCAUGAGCCUUUCCUUGGACUUCCUCCAGAGGAUGUGAGUUUGGAUUCUAAAUUUUAAAGAUGGAUCAGCGGAAAAUAUAACUCUGGUUGCAAAGUUCUAAAAGUUCAGGAGAAGUUCGCGAAGACUCUCGUCGCGAAAGCAGUUUUCAGUACGGUGACGCAGCCGCUGGUUGUUUCCAGAACUCUCAUUCAACUGGGUUUCGAGCCCUUCCCACUGUCCACAGGAAAAACGCUGAUUUGGGCUGGACGAGAUGCAUAUUUCCUACCGAACGCCUUCAGCUACAGUUUAUCCUUAUUUCCUUAAGCUAUCAUUCAUUUUGUCACUUUUAGUGCGCCAGUUGGCUCAGAAAGAAGGAUUGAAGAUUCUUUGGACUGGAAUCGAUUCGGGAAUCGCCGCCCUGUUGGUCAGCGGCAUCGUCAGUCAUCAAACGGAGAAGGUGAUUUUUGUCACAUUUCGAUGUUUUCACCAAUCUUUUAUUUUUGAAUAGUAGGUUUUGCUUUGUACGCAAGAUUUUCUUGGAAAGUUUUUCAAAAAAGAUCAAGGUACCUGUUUUGAUGCCAAAUGAAAGACUGAAGUCACUUCUUUUUUUUGAAAGUGUUCCACGGAAUAUGAUUUAGUACAUCGAUGAGUACUACCCUAACAUUGGCGGACCGAAGGAAGACACCGAAAAGGAAGAGCAGGACCUGACGGACCACCAGUCCUUCAAACGCGUUCUCCGUCGCGCGAUGCGCGAUUCGGUUGUCCGCACUGCGGCUAUCAUCGCGGCGCGACCAUUUACUGGUUAUCUUCGAUGGAAAUUUAAAUACUUGAUUGUUUUUUUUCAGUGGUUAUGGUUCGCCAGAUCGCACAAGUCAUUGGUAAGGAGGCCAAGUACACGGGCGCGUUUAGCGGCCUGAGACUUGUCGGAUUGGAAGAAGGACCUGGCGGACUUUUCGGGUAUGUUGAUUUGUAAAAAGUUUGAAGCUAAAAAGUUUUUGAAAAAUGCAAGUUAGAUUUAAGAAGUCACUUAUCAAACCUUAGACAACCUGAAAAUGUUCACUUAAAUUUUGUUUCUGUAAGCGCUUUCAGGGAAAAUUAGCGAAAAAAUUCAAGAGAAAAGAAAAUUUCAGUGGUCUCGUUCCACAAAUCGUCGGCGAACUGCUGGUGAUCUGGGGCGUGCACUCGCUGACCUUCACGGCCACGCGUCUUCUUCUGCGUUCAGAUAUUGGAAACACGAAGCAGACCGACGAGAAGGCCGUCAAGGUGAAACAUCGUACAUGUGCAGAGUUCAAAAUAUCGUUGAACUAGUUUCUUGAACAAUUUUCUAUCUGAAGGUUUAGAUCCCGCAUAGCCACAACCUGCUCAACUUACUAGUUGAGAAGAUAGAUAUUUUCCAAGUUUACGCCUAAAUAAAAAAAAGGACCAGAUACUUUGUAAGUGUGAAACUUCAUAUUCUUUUUUUAAGCCUGAAAGAUCCGGGUUUAGCUCACGAGUUGUCUUCUUGUAGGCAGUUUUCGAAUAAGAUUGACAAAUAAAUUCUACAAACUUUAAUCUUAUUUUUGUGUUUCUAGGCCGCCAAAGACGUUCACUCGUUCGUUCACACGGCCGUUCCUUUCAUCAUCAACUCCUUCGGAUAUCCUUACGGCGUCGUCUCCACUAUCAUGGCUGUCGCUGGAUCUGGUUUCUAUUUCGUACUCCAAAUUUUUCUAAUUUCCGAAAUUCUCAGGUCUGGCCGUAUCGUUCCUUCCCUACUCGCCAGCUUUCUUGUCGUGGCAUAACGCUUGGGAUUAUUUGAACCCCCAUGGACUGAAGCGCGGAAAUCGUCUUUUCCUUCGUGAACAGGUGAAAAAGAAAGAAAAAGCCAUCAACUUUUUAAUAUACACUAUUCGACCUGGUUUCAAAGACAGUUUUGCGCGAAUUGCUCUCCUAUUUUUGAGCAUGUUCGAAAAUUAUUGCAUAGUUUAAAAACAAAAACGAAAAGAUGGCUCUUCGCUUAGCUCAGAAAUUUUCUCUAAGUUUUUUUUUUUUUUUUCGAAAUCCAGAUAUACAAUUUAAACAAAAAUAUAGAUUCUCUCAAAUGUCUUCCUUUUUAUAACAAUUUCAUAAAUUCCAGGCUGGAGCCGUGUCGGUCGGUGCUGACCAGCAGCUGUACGCCAGCAACAAGUUCUUCGCAUAA